AUGAUUUUACGGGUGAUUCUAACCGUAAUAUUAUUGUGCAUUGCCACGUGUCAUUCAUUAGAAAAAGGAGAUGGAUUCCAAGUAUUCCGAGUUCUUCCAACAACCAAUCAGCAACUUCUUCAAAUGAUUCGCCUCUUUGAGACAGCUGACACAGAUCGAGCUGACUUCUGGCAUGCUCCAAGUGUUGUGAAUGGAACAGUUGAUAUUAUGGUUGCACCAGAACACACUGGACAAUUCCAGAAGUAUUUAGAGAAACAUGGAUAUACUUAUCAAAUUGCAAUUCAAGAUUUACGAACACUUUUGAUUGAAAAGGAAGGAAACAUUUCAACUCAUUCUACAGAUGACGCAUUUUUCAUGAAGAGAUUACACGAUGAUGUUGGAUUUCAUUCGAGGCUCAGAAUGGGUGAAUACUAUUCGUAUUCUGUAUUAUCCACGUGGCUACAGAGAAUUGCUGAGAAUAUGCCAGAUAUUGCUAAGCUGAUCAAAGUUGGAACAACCAUCGAAGGUCGUGAUAUUCUUGGAUUGAAGUUCGGAAAAGAUACGCCAGAUAAAAAGGUUGUUGUCAUUGAUGCUGGAAUUCACGCAAGAGAAUGGGCUGCUAUUCAUACAGCUUCUUAUUUCAUCAAUUUGAUUGUGAACAGCCGAGAGGGAGAUCCACAAAUCCAAAAUUAUCUUGAUAACAUUGUUUUAUAUAUCAUUCCAGUUUUGAACCCAGAUGGAUAUGAAUACACGAGAACAGAUAAAACAAACCCAAGAGCUAGAAUGUGGAGGAAAUCUCGUUCUCCAAAAGCGUGUGCAUUUGACGGAGUUCGUAAUUCAUGUUGUAUGGGAGUCGACCUCAAUAGAAACUUUGAUUUCCGUUUUUCCGAGAUAGGAGCUUCGAGAUACCCUUGUUCCGAAAUCUACCACGGACCAUCUGCUUUCAGUGAACCAGAAUCCAAAGCGUAUUCUCAAUUUUUGGCAUCUCUAAAGGGAAGAUUGGAAGCGUAUAUCACAUUGCAUUCAUAUUCUCAACUUUGGAUCUAUUCAUAUUCUCAUAGAAAGUUUACUUAUGCUCCAGAUAUCGAUGAAACCAGAAGAGUUGCUGCAAAAGCUGUCCAGGAACUUGGCCGGAUGUACGGAACAAAGUAUAGGCAUGGAACUGGACCAGAAAUUAUUUAUGCAUUCUCUGGAGGAUCUACAGAUUGGGCAAAGGAGACAUUGAAGAUCAAAUACUCCUACACAAUCGAAUUGAGACCAGGCUACGAAGAGUGGAAUGGAUUCGUUCUUGAUAAAAAUCAAUUGAUUCCAACUGCGAAGGAGACCUGGGCAGGAGUUACGGUAGUACUGGAUGAGGUCACAAACCAAUGGAAAUCAUCGAAAAACCGGGAGAGUGAAUUAAGCCGUAUUCGUCAAGAAAAGUGUUCCGAUCGCCUCUCUGGUUGUGCUUACUGGCUUCAAUCCUCACCUAAUAUUUGCAGAAUUUCCCAAUCUACAAUGAUCCGGGACUGCGCAAAAACCUGCGAUUUAUGUCAUAUGAUCACGGUUUAG